GUAUAUCUGAAAUUGCUUAUAUAGAGUUUAAGUCUUGCAUUUGUGCUGCUUAGCAAUAAGGGAUGUUUUGUAAAAUAGAAAUUUGUCUUUUCGAAAUUAAACAUUUUAAUUCAAAAGGAAAUAACUGACUAAUAAAGAAAGAUUUCAAUUUAUUAUAGUUUUAACAAUCAUGAAUAUGAAGUAAACUAAAAGCGACUUGGCUGCAAACUGUAUAUGCGGACAAGGAAGCAAACCAAAUCCUUGAUAGGAGGGUAUCUUUUAGAAUUCCAGUUUUGUAUAUAGUCGUGUGUACAACAUAUCAGAAGAACAAUUAAGAAGGCGGUUUGUUUCAAGUGUUUCAUCGAGAUUUUGUGACAUUUGUAAAUAGUUAACGGUUGUGUGAUACGUUGCAUAUAAUAAGAAAUAUAUAAGAUAUAAAUAUGUCAAAUAUACAACGCAUCAAAAACAUGGAGAUUGUGGUAGAUUGAAGACCUUUUGACCAUCUAUCUAAUAUAACUAAAUGUCUGAUCGUAGAUAUCGAAUGGAAUUUGCAAACGGACUCGCAAGGUAAAAUAAAAGUAAUAAGCUUAUUUGCCUUGAAGAUAAUGGCUACAUCAGCGGUAUUAUCAUCACAAAGUCUGCACCACCACCAUUUAAAAUCCGAAUUGCCAUUAAUACCUGCACGGCCCAAGAUCGUAAAACACCUGAAAUGUUAUAACAGAAGUGAUGUUUACAAAAAUGACAAUACAGCUUGCAAAAAUUUACCGUAUAUGUGUAGCAUAGAGGAUAAUACCAAAUUUCUUUUUUUACCACGACGUUCAAUUUCGAAAUCAUCGUCACUGAUCCAGUCCCAUUUGACAUCAGCGGCAUCUACAAAAACCCCUUUAAAGUUUAUAGAACAAGCUCCAUUGGUAACGGUAGACUCGCCAUUGCACCCAAUAUGCAAAAAAUCUUCCUCAGAUCCAAUAUUAUGUUCGCAUGUUUCUACACAAAAGCAAAGAUGCUUAACUUGUGGUAAUACUAAGCAAUAUUUUAGAAAAAAGAUGUAUAAUCAUGCAGUUUUUUCACACGCGGAGCCGACAUUGUCUACACUGUCCGCGAAAACGUCACCCUCAUUCUCAUGGGCAAAAGAAGAGAGCUAUGUAGCCACAACAACUCUUAACACAACAUCAGAAACUACUGAUAGUUCACGACUGGAAAGUAGUGCAAUGACUCAAAUUACUUCAAAGGAAAAACAUCAUGGCAGCGACGGCAGCGACUGCUCCCUAGGAUUACCCUUACACUUAUUUUGUUAUAAAAACAAACGUAAAUGCUAUCAGUUUAAGCAGAAUACGAAUCGUCGAAAAGACGAAGCUUUAAGAAUAUACUUUAUCAUUUUCUUAGUACAUCAUAUUAAGUUAUGGUAUCGGUUUAUAGCUGCUACAGCUUCUCCUAGAAUCCUAAAUCAACAUUCAACAUUAACAAGUCAUCAAACAGUUACCGCAAUGAUAAAAGAAUCAGAUUCUACAAGUACUUCAGCAACAUCACGGAAAACACUACGUUUAUUACCUCGACUUGGAGCAACAUCAUUUUUUACGCUUGUAACCAUCAUUUGUUUAGAAACGAUUUUACUGUCCACAAUGUCUACUUGUGCAAAAACAUUCUAUAUGCACUGGAAUACUUCAAACAGCAUAUUUCGUAUAGAUAAUACGGAUCAUAUAAUAGAUGUAAAUAAAGGUAAUCUAGCAUUCGAGUUUGAUCAAGUUCAUAUAAUAUGCCCGGUGUAUGAACCUGGGACGUUUGAUAAUGAAACGGAAAAAUACAUUAUAUAUAAUGUUUCAAAAGUUGAAUACGAGACAUGUCGGAUUACUAAUGCUGAUCCUCGUGUUAUUGCCAUUUGUGAUAAACCGCAAAAACUAAUGUUUUUUACAAUAACUUUCCGGCCAUUUACACCACAACCAGGUGGUCUGGAGUUCCUUCCUGGGAAUGAUUACUAUUUUAUUUCAACCUCGUCCAAAGAUGAUCUAUAUCGGCGCAUAGGUGGUCGGUGUUCAACUAACAAUAUGAAAGUUGUUUUCAAAGUUUGCUGUGCACCCGAAGAGAAAAAUAAAACCUCCACCAGUCCUCAGAUGAUUGGUGGAAAUAAAAAUAACGGUGGAAGCCCAGGAGUUUCUGUACAACAGGUUGCUCCCACUGAUAUAGGAACUACCAGUGUUGAAGACCCUAAUGGCUUGACAAAUGUCAAGAAUCUACAUGCACCACAUAAUAACAUAAACGUAAUUGGUGUAAACGGUAUGAAUAGCGGCGUAAUGCCCAAUGGCGUCCUGAAUAUAAAUACCGGCAGCACUAACAACAAUGGAAUGCAAGUGAAUCCGGUUGUAAACAGUCCCAGUAGUACUUCAAUUAACACAAAUGUAGAUCAAUUUAACCGCAUACCAAUUCAGACAAAUAACCUAAAUGUUUUGGGUAAUAACAUCGGUGCUAAUAACGUUGGUCUUGGUAGCCAUGGUAGUGGCAUUAUAUUAACCCAUGGCAACAGCGGUGUUAAUAUGAUACCGACCGGAGGGAUCGGAGUAAUAGGUCAAUAUCCCAGCCAUGGAUAUCAUGGACAAAGCGGAAUACGCAUAAAUAAUGUGCCAUCAUCCCAUCAUAUAAAUCACAAAAAUAGCAAUGAUGACCACUAUGAAAAACACCCCAACGAAGUUGUCAAAAACGAAGAGCUUACGUAUAACAGUGGCGCAAGUAAUAUGGUAAGCCGAAUAUUUUUUAUUGAUUGGACGACCGAAAUUUUAAAGGCUAUACUUUCAUCGAAAAGUAUUGAUACCACGGCAAUUGCGCUGCAUUUUAUAACCCAGUUACAAGAGAGUGUACACUGUUGCAUCGAUCAAGUUUCUGCGAUUUAUUUUAAAAGCUUCAUACUGUACAGUAUGUCUCCAAUAUGCAAAUUAGCUGUAACAUUUUUUGUAGUUUUUAAAGCCUUAAGAUAUGUUUUUCUCCUAAAGCCUAUGCCAUUGCUGAGGAAAUAUCCGAAGUUAAAAUCAAAUGGUCCUACGAAUGGAAGUUCAAUAGCAUCCUAUAGAUUGCCACAAAAGAACAGUAGUAUUAAUCACACGAAAUUAGCAGAUAGAAGGUGAACGCAUAUCAUUUGAUUUCCACAAACACAAUUUGAAAUUCUAAUAUUCUAAUACACAAAUAUGCAUCAGAAAUGAAGGAA